AUGCAAGUGAUCGUACCGGCAAAGUUACGCAACUUGCUGCUGGACGAACUCCACGAAGGGCACCCAGGCAUCGUGCGUAGCAAGCAACUGGCGCGCAGCUACGUGUGGUGGCCGUCCAUCGAGGCGGACCUCGAGCAUCGUGUCAAGGCCUGCGCAGUUUCACCUGGCGUCGUCACAAGGACCGCGGAUACUACGGAUUCGGACCGCGAGGCAUCUGACCAGGAGGGAUACGAGUUCCCGGUGUUUCCACCAAGCGUCGACCCAGUGACAUCCUCCGCUCCUACCACCAGUGGUCCUGCCGCUUCGCAAGAGAUCCAGACGGCGGGUGCAAGACCCUACCCGACUAGAGACCGUCGACCGCCGGACAGAUAUCAAGCUGGAGUUUAG